UUACAGUGCUGAAAUAAUCAACGAAGAGAAUUAUUAUUUAACGCGAUAAUCUUUUUCAAGAGCCAACGAAAAUAAUAAUUGGAAAAGAAAAAUUGGAUAACAUCGGUGAAGCUGAAUUUAUUGAAAGUACAAGAAUGCCUUGUGGCUCGCGCAACAGAAGAAAUCGUCGUAAUCGAAAUCGGAAACAAUUUCAUCAUCAUCGACCCCCAUCACCGCUGGAAGAUAAUUUUUCAUCAAAAGAUGAAUCCCUUACCGAUGAGAAUGAGGAAAAACAUAGCGAAGCAUUUGUCGAUUUAUCGACAGAUUUAGCCGAGGCAAAUAUUAAUGGAAGUGCAAUUAAAGUAACAACCGAGAAUAAUGUUGGUCUUCCCUGUGAGGAUAAUAUGUCAAUAACAAGAUGGAGACCAAGAAGAAAUAGAUUUAAACUUGAGAAAAAAAUUCUCGACACCGGAACUAAAAUUUGUGAGAUAAGAACCAUUUGUAAUUUACCAAUGGAGGCGAAAUUGGAUCAUAUACCGGGAGUGGGAAUUUUACAAUCUGAUGAUAUGAUGACAAAAGUGACAAUAUCGGAACCACAAGAACCACUAUUAUCUGUGACGAACAAGGUCGAGACUCUUGGCGAACGAAAAUUCGAUCUUGCAAUCUUGGCAGACAAGGGAAACAGCCUCGAUAUCCACGAGGUAAGCGACAGUGACAUCGAGACUGACAAUAGUCGGCAUGCCAUUGUCGUUGAAGCCGAAUCCGAUGUUGAACGUUCAACAUCUGAGGAAUCAAGUUUCGAGAAACGGGAAGACGAGGAGGAAAUUGAUGCCAAUAUGUCGAGGGAGGAUGAGAAAAAAUUGAGAAAUUUCCUCGAGGGUCUACAAUUGCCAUCUUCUUCGUCCAAUACUGACAAAUGGGAAUCAUCAACACAAAAGAAGGAACGCAAGAAAAGACCUUCCCUCGAGUCUUAUCCAUCACAAAUUCAGGAUUCGAAUAAACUCUUUAUUAUUCAAGAAGAAGGGGAAAAAGUGUCUGAUGACGAGCAGAGUAUUCGCGAUUUCAUCAAUCAGGAAAUUGGAAAGUAUCGACGGGACGAUGAAAAUAAGAGGCGAAAAUUAGAAGUACAAGUUAGUUCUGUUUGUGAUAAUUUUUCGAAAGUUGAUACUCUUUUGGAUGAUUUGGAUGAUACUACAGAAGAUGUUUCGAAAGAAGCAAAAGAAACCAGGGAAGGUUCUACCGAAGGUACUUCAGAAGAGUACCAAUUUUCCAGAGCAAAUACCUCAGGAGUAGAUUCAUCCGAACAGGUCCCAACAGCAGCACAAGCUUUUGAAGAACCUAACCCAAACUCCGAAUUUUUUGAUGAUUGCGAAAAUUUCAGAAAUAGUGCAGAAGGUUCUAAUCAUGCAAACAUUUAUCCAGAACUCCCAACUGUUUCUGAAAAAGUUACAUCAGACUUUAAAGAAACAGAAGUUCUUAAAGCAGAUGAAACCAUAGAAACUGUUGGUUUUAUAAAGCCAGAAAUUUUUGACGAAGGUAUCAAGGAUUUUAGAGCAGACACACAAAAUUCUGAAGAAGAAAGUGCAACAACUUCUGAACUUGAAGGUUCUUCUGUACUUAAAGAUUCUUCUCAACUUGAAGAUGUUUCUGCUCUUAAAGAUGAUUCUGUACUUGAAGAUGCUUCUGUACUUAAAGAUGAUGCUGUACUUAAAGAUAAUUCUGUACUUAAAGAUGCUUCUGAGGUUCUUGACGAUUCUUCUAGAGGAGCAAAAGAUUCCAAAGAAAUAACAGUAGAAAAUACUAAAUUCCUUCAAGAAAAUUAUAAGCAUCCAUUUUUAAAAACUUCGAAAGAUGUUCUUGAAGAUGAUGAAGAAAAAACACUCGUUGUAGGGAAAUUAUUAAACGAUACUAAUCCUAAGGAAAACAAAUUAAAUUUUCCCAAAGAAAAAUAUUCAUCAUUGCAAAAGGAAAAUUAUCUCCCAACUGAUUGGCAGUAUAGACUGCAAAAUAUUCAAGAUCGAAGAUAUCACCGACCUGUGCAAAUUUUUACAUCACUAAUUCAAGAUAACAUCGUUAAUGAUAUGUAUGGUUCGAAACGACCACCAACACCUCCUAAACGUACAGUAAGUUUUUCGACAGAACCAGAAAGACCACCUACACCAGAAGACGAUUACAAUAUACCAGAAAUUUUUCCCUUACCAUUAAGACAUUGUAAAUUAAAACAAGUACCAACACCUCCAAUUCGUCAAAAAUUCUCCCGAAAUAAAUUUCAUCCCGAAAACUCUAAUAUUCUAAAUUCUAAUCCAAUUGGAGAGUAUUUUCUAUCUGAACAACAAUCUUUAAUAGAUCAUCAUGAACGGGUUCUUAAUGCAUAUAAAUUGACAAAUUUUUCCGAACAGAAAACAUUGGAUUUUGUUCGUACUCUAUUAACUGUUUUAUCAAAUCACGAAACAUCGAGACAGGACGUACAGGAUGUGUUGGCAAAUUUCGAUUUGAAACAACUUCCUGACAAUAUCCGCGAAAUUGUUGACGAUUUAAUGGCUCCAAGUUUAAGUGGUUCUAUCGAAAGUGACAGCGUCACGGAUUUAUGUAACGAUGGUAAUUUUGGCAGUGAGUCGAGCCUUGAAAUAGCGCACGACUAUGUACACGAUGUGACGCUUGAAAAAUUCUCCGAAUCAUCCCAAUGGACCACGCCUGUUUCUAACGUCAAUGUACGAUCAAGUGAGCCAGACAACACUUCCAUUAAGAAAGACAGUGAUGAUGAAAGUUAUUCUCUAAAAGAGUCUCAGUGCCAAACAUUGCCUCUUAACGGAAAGUCAGAUGAGAUAGGAAAAUCGAACGAGUUGAAUAAAAUUUUUGAUUACGAUGAUACAUUAAAUAACAGUCAAGAGCAAGAAGAAUUUGUGCCAGACAUUCAUUCAGGAAGUUUAAGUCCUGAUUCGGUCAGUAGUUCUGCAACGCCAAGUACGGCGAAGUACAAUCCAAAAAGAUCAUCUUUAGACAUCGAUGAUAUUGAAACAGAAGAGGAGAGGAAAGAUGAUAAGAAAUCUCCACAACCGAAGAGAAAAUUAACUCUCCUAAAAACGUAUGAUGAUAAUUUUGAAUCUGAAUCUCCACAACCAAUUCCUUAUUCACCGGUUGAGGAUCUGUAUUAUGUACCUCUAACAGAAAAUAUCACCACAAAUAGACCCGAUUUACUGAAAAAUCUCUGCAUCAAAAAAAUAUUGUCCAUGCCCUAUGGUCUACAAAUAAUUAACGAAAUCACCCUUCCCAAGUUUAAUAUUUUCAAAAAUUUGAGUAAAAUUCAGGAGCAUAUUGAAAAUAGAGAACAAAAAAUGCAGAGAUCAAUGACAUGGUUGGGUGUUCCGACAACUGAAAAUCCGAAUUUGUUAGUUUGCCUCUCGCCAUCACAACAAACAACCGAAAUUCGAAAGGAUGCUGACAAACUACUGGACCUACACACCAAGUUCCUUAACAGACGCACCUAUUGGGAUUGUCAACCCAAUAAACACAAGGUGACGCCCAUGCAGUAUAAAAUUGAUCUAACCCCAAGGGAAACUGAAAAUAGAAAUUCUAGAAAAGAAAAAAAGUACGACACCACGAAUAGUAGAAAUUUUGCCAACGAAUAUAAAGAUUCAAGAUUAUUGAAUAUUAUCAAGGAAAAUCCAGUGCCUCGACAACAGUUAUUAAAUGUCGACGAUUCUCAAGAUCGUUUGAGGGUUACACGAUUGAGUGAUUGGCUGAACCUUGCGAGGCGUGAUUCUGCUCAUAUCUCUCAAUGGACGCCAGCAUGUGCGCCUGGUGAACUAUUAAUAGAAAGCACGACGAGUCAACACAAUUCUGAUAAGGAGUAUAACACACCACCGUCCAUCAGUUGCAAUACCCAAUACAAUGUGGGCGGAUCAUCGAGAAUUCAUACCAACAACGAAAUUAUCACUGAUAAUUCUAUUUCUAGACGAUUUCCUGAAACGAAUCAUUACGUUAAUAGUGCUCUAAUAAUAAAAUCAUCCGAUACAACAAAUCGUUUAACACCACUACCCAAAAGUCCAAUAUCAAUGAACAGUGCAAUCAUCGAUAAAUCAUCAAAAAUCGAAUCCGAGGGAAAAAUGAAUUUCCACGAUCAAAAAUUGAGUGAAACGGUUCAAAAAAGACCUGUCACUGUUGAUAGAUCCUGUAUCGAUACAACCAGCAUUUUCGAUAAAUCACCACCCAAGGGACAUUUGGAGGCAAGAAAGUAUCAAAAUUUAGACAAUGUAAAAAUAGUCUCAGCUGCUGAAAUAAUGGACAAUUUGAAACAAUUACAAGCGAGUAUGAAGGAUCAAUUGCAGGGUCGUAAGAGGUAUUCACUUCCUCAGGAGUAUUUCGAUAAACAGUUGCGGUACAUCGAAUUGUUGGAGGGUGAACUUUGCAAUGUGCUUUUCAGUGAAGAAGAUAUUAUCCAAGAGGAGGAGGAGGAGGAUGAUUCGAGUGUUGAGAAAGUAUUCAGGUCCAAUAAAUCCGAUGGGGUACCGUCAAACAAAAAGUUUGUCAAGUUCCUCGAUGAUGACGAUUCUAAAAAAAUUAUUUCUAAUUUGAAAAAUAGUGGUGUAAACAACGAUAAUCGUAGAGUUGUAGAAAAAAUUGUAGAAUUCCAAAAAGAGGAGGUAAAAAUUGACAAACAACAACAGAUUCUAAUUUCUGAUCUUGUCCAAAAUGCUGACUUGGAGAAACAUUUAGAACAUCUUGUUGGGAAAAGAAAUGCUAAUGAUGAUUUGGAAAAACAUUCAGAACAUCUUGUUGAAAAAAGAAAUGCUAACGCUGAUUUGGAAAAAUAUUCAGAACAUCUUGUUGAGAAAAGAAAUGCAACUCCUGAUUUGGAAAAAAAUACAAAACAUGCUGUUGGGGGAAAAAAUACAAAAACUGAUGAAGAGACUACAGAAGAUAAAGUGCUCCAGUUAAAAAAUUUGAAUAUUAGUCAGAAUACAAAUUUUGAGAACAACAGAGAAUGUGAGAAUGGAACUAAUGAUCAUCAUAAUAGUGUAAAUUCUAACGAAAAUGAAAAAUCUGCAACUAAUCCGAAGACUACUGUCAACAACAGAGAAAAUAAAACAACCGAUGCUAUAACUAACGAGGAAUCUUGGCACCAAGAUGCGAAUCAUUCAAACGUAACUGAAUCUGAUCGCAAGAAGACAGUAGACGAUAGAUCAAGAUCGAACCAAGAUCAUAAGGAAACUAUUGUCGAACAAGUGCAGAACGAUACAAUGUCAAAUGAUAAAACCAUCAUCGAACAAGUGCAAAUAAAGACAAUAAUAACUGAUGAAACUUUAACGGAAAUUUGUCGAACUACAACAAUAAAAAAUGACGAAAAUUGUCAAAUUAGUGCUACGAAUGGUCACAAUUUCCAAAGUAGUGCAACGGAUGGUAAAAAUUGUCAAAUUAGUGCAACGGAUGGUAAAAAUUUCCAAAGUAGUGCAACGGAUGGUAAAAAUUGUCAAAGUAAUGCCAGAGAUUAUCAAAAUUCCCAGACUACUACAAAAGAUGAUGGAAAUCUUCAAACCACUACAAUAAAAAGUGUUGAAAAUUGUCAAACUAAUACAAAUGAUGAUUGCAAUUGUCAAACUACUGCAAUAACGAAUGUUGAUAAUUGUCAAACUGAUACAACAAAUGUUGAACAUUGUCAAAGUACAGCAACAAAUAUUGAACAUUGUCUAACUACAGAAACAAAUUUUGAAAAUUGUCAAACAACUACAACAAAUUUUGAACAUUGUCUAACAAAAAAAAAUGUGGAAAAUUGUCAGAAAAUCGAAACAGAUUUAAAAGAAGAAAUUCAUGAUUGUGAAAAAAUUAAGGAACGUCCAAUAUCAAUUGUAUCAGCACUGCCAAUAAAUGGUGAAGUUUUUCGAAAACAAAUGUACGACGAAUAUUGUCAUAAAGUAUUGGAGAGGGAAGAGAGAAAGCAUCAUAAGCUUGUAAAGAUAAGCUCCCACCAAGACAUUGAAAAAUCUGAUAAGCAACUUGAUAAUAUGAGUUUAGUUGAAAAGGAAUUUAUAGCGAAGGCAAAAAAUAGAAUGAAUAAAUUUGGAAUUAAUCUUGAUGAUAGUGAUACGGAUGGAUUUUGUAAUGGUGGUGAUGGUGGUAGUGAUGAUAUAGUUGAAAAUGAAGAUUCGAUCAAGGCCAGGUGUUUUGUGGAUGGAAGGGAGGUCAAGGACGCGAGCAGUUUACCAAAACAUCUACAGGAAUUUUUGCAGCUGUCCAGUAAAAUUUCUUACGAGGAGGUGGAGCAGGUGUUGGAAGACGACGAAAGUGUCAUGUUUGCCCCGACGUUCAAAGCUUCAUCUGCGAAGCCAGGUGUUUGGUCGCCUGGAAGUGAACCUCCACCGCCUCCAAAGCAACCAAGUCCAGAUCGAAAUAAAGACGAAAAGGACUCGGCAAUUUCAGUUGUUUGGACUCCAUCGAGUGCAGGACCAAGUCCUGUUCCCGAACGAAAGGAAUUUCGUCCAGUUCCAUUCGAAAGUCCUGUUUUGAGUAGAAAAAAUAAAUCCACAAAACAGGAGGAAACGUCUCCACCUUGGGAAAGUGACGCACAAAGAAAAGAAACAUCAAAUGCUCUUUCACAAAAUAUCACAUCUCGUAUCGUCAACUCUCACUCAGCUCCAUCUCAAGGGUUGAACACACUUGCCGGUGCACCUCGUUUACCUCGGGCGCAAAAUCCUACAAUCACGCUUCUACAGAAAGCCAGAGAGGGACAAUUGCCAAAAGGAGCGGCGUAUCUAGAAGAGUGCCAAAGUUUACCGCGAAUCAGAAACGACGAGCAGCCAUUAAUUAGUCCCGUUGAAAACAUUUAUACCGUGAAGAAAGAAUACGAGAGCGAACCAGAAAUGAAUAAUUAUUCAAGAAAAAAAAUAAUCGAAUUGGCUCCUCGGAAAAUUGAAGGUAUUGGUCCAACAACAAGAGAUGGAGUCCCACUAGUUUUGAGAUCAGAAGUUAAGGAAGACAAUCAAGCAAAAUGGUACAAAAGAAUGUACGAUUCAUUGCACCGCGCUGAGAAAGACGACGACUACGUAACGAUUCGCUACAAACCACGACGAGGUGCAAGAUCCGGUUAUGGUGGUAGCUCGAGUGGUUAUUUAAGCGAACCUGAACCGCGUGGUUAUUCAGAGAGAUCUUCGACAUAUGAUAGCCGUAGGCGAGUGCGGAACAAAGAAAAUGAAUUCUCUACGUCAACGAUGCCAAAAAAGAGCGCAGCUCUAAAGUGCGAAGCAGACGUCUACAAAAAUCAGCCAGGACGCAUCGAAGAUUACGUACCGGGAAAAUCAUCAAUCGCCGAAAAGGAAACUAAAGAGCCAACGACACUCACUUGGACAAAAAGGAAGUGGUGGGACGAGGUCAUGGACAUAUUUGAUGGGUGGCUGGACGAGAAUGGACAUCGAAAUGGUGAACAACUCGGAAAAACUGCAACACGUUCAUUGAGUCUCUCAUAUCGUACCACGGACAAUUUUAAUGUAAGGCCAUCAAACAUCAAUUCGUUAAUGAAAACAACUGAAAUCGGUCACGAUUAUCGUGCACGUGAAUUAAAACGCGAAAAUGGAUUUCGACCACGAUUUAAUGAUUUUGAUAAUCUUGAUCCGCAUCCAAAAUUUGAUAAAAUUAAAUCUAAUAUUGCACGUGGUAGGGCAAAGACAAUAUUUCCGGAUAAGAAAAUUUUCGGAUCACUUGGUAGUUUGGGACUUGAUAUUGGUAACAAACGUAACACACUUAACGAGACAUUAAAUGGAAUUAAAUGUAAAACAAAGACUGAUGAUGGUAAACGAAAUAUUGUAAAUAAUCACGAUGAUUGUUCGGAUCGUAUAAUACGACCACUGGAUCAACCGGAUUCGAAAAAUAUUGGCAUAAUGGAAUUAAAGAGUAAGAGCUUUGUGCUUCCGGAUCGUUUCCCUCCAAGAUCGGUUAUGCAGAACGGAAGUUUAUCGAGGACUGAAAUUCAGUCACCAAAAUUGACGAGUCCUCGCAAUCAUCAUCAUCAUCACCAACGCACUUCACCUUCUUCUUCUUCCAGCACCAAUCAUACCACGCUAAUUACACCAUCACCACCUUCUUCAACUGCUCUGAUGUCACCUUCACGGCCAUUCGAUCAGAGAAAUUGCCAAUCGUCAAGGCCAUACAUGUCACAUGCAUUAAAGGAAUCUGGUUAUGAAAGCGAUUCAACAUUAAUAUUUCGUCGACGUGAGGACGUCAAUUCCUUGAGUCCUUUGAGUCCCUUGGAGCAGAGAUUGGCUUAUAAAACAGUACAAAAAGGUGGUGACGUACCACUUCAUGGUUUUCGGAAAGCUGCACCAGAACGUCCCAAAGACUCUCUGUCCACAGACGACACUGAGAUCGAGUAUUUCCCUAUUUCGCCAACUUUGACGCGGAUUCGAGUUCAUCGAAAAAAUCCCGCUUUUCUACUUUCAAAGUCGUCUAUGACGUUUGCUCGUUACAAGAGGACAGCUCCUUCUAUGGCGACCAAUUCUAUUAAAAAAUCCACUUCCGAAACCCAUUCUUUGGACGGAAAGCAAUCAAUAAGAUUACCCCAAGUGUCAUCGAUUCAACCACCAUCACCGCCAAGAAGACAAUCUUCGAGAAACAAUCGAACACUUAAAUUUUAUUCAAAAAUUUCCACCUCUCAAACACCAAAACGACACGAGCAGUGCUUCACUGUUGAUAAAGUUUCUAGCAUACGAUUUUUACGCGAAAAACUCAACAGUAAUUUGGAAAAACAUAAAAAAGAUCGGGAGGAGGCACAGAAAGUACGUUCAGUUAGACCUGCUUCAACAAGUCCUUGUUCUAGAAUCGCUGAUUCCAAAAAAGUCCAGACUGUUACUCGCAGUCUUGAUAGAUUUCGUUCCCGAGAAUCGUCCUCCCCUUGCAGGGAACCGCAAGAAAAACUUUUUCUACCAAACAAAAUUUACCCGGUGGCAAAAAGCACUAAGACAACAACUUGUCAUCAUAACGGAACAAAAUAUUUAGUUCCCCUAAAAAAGGAAGUUCGACGAACGAAAAAAGAGCAGGACGAAUCCUGCAAAAGACUCAGUAGAUCUACUGCCGAUUUGUCUGAUUUGAAAAAACCGCUAGUGAAAAAGAAUUACUUCAAAGAAAGUUUGACGGAAAUCCAAAAAAGCCAGAGAAUUUCAAAAUAUUGUUCCCACGACGGCAAAAGAGAUAUUUCACGCGAUCAACGCUACUCGAAGGAAUAUUCGAAACAAAUUAUCACUAAGGAGCAAAAUCUAAAAAACCCCAUCAGGUCCAAACAUCCAACUACCACUAGAGAUCUCUUACGCAAAAUCCCUCCAAUUGUCACCAAAACAUCGACAGCGACACCAAAACCAAAAAUCAAACAAUCUGGAAAAAUUUUACAAAAGUCCCAAGAGAGUCUCAAUUCAAAAUUAUCGACCCCAGUAACGUCUCCUUUAUCCACUCGUAGAAACCCAACAGAAACGGAAACAAAACACCCCACGAGGGAAAUUACACCCAGUGAAACUCCGCGUAGAAAAAAAUUCCGCGACAAAAAUCAAAAACCCCUCACAGUACUGAUAAAUCCCAACGAGAAAUUGACAAAAAGUAUGAAACAGGAAAAAUCGAAGAAGGAAUCGAUGCAAAUUACAAAGAGCAAAAAAUCAAGAAAGAAUGGUUCUAAUGAGGAAAUUCCAACCCUAACUGUAGAUCAGAUAAGGAAACAUCAGGAAGCCACGAGAACUGAUACAUUCUUCCGAAGUCUCUUUCUUCGCGAUUUAUCACCAACCCCAUCGCAGACGAGCACCUUGAGACGAACAGCAGUACAGGAGAAGGCGCGCAUCUUCCAAGAAGUCCAACCAGAUUGUUUCAAAUCCGAACCAUCGCUUAGAUCAUUAAAUAUCUACUUAUCCAACAAGCGACCAGUGUCCAAUUCAAGAUUCAAGAAUUGGGAACGCGAAAGUCAGUCAUCUAGGUGCUCGAGUCCCAGGGGUGGUGUUUCCUGGACUGGUCGAUCAAUUUUCCAGAAGAUUAGAAAAUUUGACAGUUUAGGUCCUGAGGAAUUUGGAUCUUCAGCAUCGUUGCGAGGCAGAAGUCCCGAUUUAAUGCCGGACAUAAAGGAGAGGAGUUUAAGUGAACCACCUUUAAGAAGUUUACGACAAAACGAACAGAUCUCCAAUUCCCUAUCGCCCUCUUCCCGAAGAAUUCGUAAUUUAAAACAAGAUUCCGAUAGUGUGAGAAAAAUUAAAGCACGCAGUGCCAGUGAUGCUGAGGAUCCUAAAAAACUUGUCUUCAGUUCCAAUUUCUCUCUGACAAGGAGUAGUAGUUCCCUGAAUACUCUAACGACUGAUCGGGAAGAUUAUCAGCAAUACAUUCUCGAGAUGCUUCACUGUAGGAAGAAAUCUAAUCGUUACAAGGAUUUAUACGACUUUUAUUCCAGUUUAGAGAAAAUGGGUGAAUUGGAGAAAACGACAUCGACUGGUGAUCUUAGACCACGAAUGAAAAACGAGGAGAUUAUUGAUUAUGAUAGAUGGAAGGAGGUGCGUUCGAAAGAAAAGGCCCAUCAGGAAUUAAAGAUACUUUACCGAAAAUUAAGUAACGUGCAAAAGGAAAAGGAUUUCGUGUACAGUACCAAAGAUGUCGAUAGAUACAAAUGGAGAGGGGAUUCUGGUCUCCGAUUAAAGGAGAGAUCUGUCGAGAACAUAAGGGAACAAUUUAAGAAAUUGGCUAACGAAGAAAGCGAAUUGGAAGCAUCCAGACAGAGGGAAAUUGCAUCCAAGAAGGAUGUCUACAAACCACUUUGGAGAGGGAAUUCGGUCGUUAAUGUCGCGAACUCAAUGGACAAAAAAGACACCGAUAAAAUUGAAGGCGACAAAACGAGCGUCUCGUGCACACUUCAGAAAAGUCUCGGUGGGAGUAAAAAGUUUUGGAGCAGCCUCUCAAUAGAGCAGGUCAAUACCCUAAAGAAUCAAUUGAACGAAAUUUACGGCAGUGAUAAUCCGAAAAGCAAAAUUCAAACAAAAUCCCCCAAAGAGAAGAUUUUUCCAGAGGAGAGAAAAUUUGAAAUUGUUGUUCCUCCAGAGACGGAAACAAUAGAGAAGAAACUUCACGUAAGAUGUCAUUCGAUGAUUGUCGAUAAAGAGGAAUCAACUUCUCCUAAAAAGAGAAGUGAUUCCAUAAGUCGUGUUCGUAGUCUGGAGAGAUCUCAAUCAGAUCGUGUAACACCGUCAUCAUUAUCCGAGUUGGAGAAAAAGCGUCUCUCCCUCACAUUGAGCAAAGAGGUGUUGAAUAAAGUACAGAAACGUUCAAUCAGUCCAAAAGAAACUCGAGGAGCUAUCGCAGUUGCUUCAUCAAAGAAACCGAAACCAAAAAACGAAUAUCUUGUGGUAUUGACACCAACUAAUGACACCAACAAUAAACGAGUGGAAAACGUUCUUGAUGAAUGGUCCAAGAGGACUCCAAUACUAGCAGUAAAUGUAGCCGAUUCCCUUAAAGUCCUUCCAUCCGGUAGUGAAUUCGACAGUGCAAGUUCGGACACAUCCGUAAGAACAGUUGUUCCAAAAAUUGAAUCCGAACAACAAGUACCGCGAAAAGUGGAAUUUUUCGAGAACAUCAGCGAAAAAACAGAGACAAAACUAUCAUCAUCGCAAAGUUAUGCCGAUUUAAAGGAACUGUUUGGCGAAAUUGAAAGCGCCAGAUAUGCGACUGUCGAUGAAAUUCGAUCACAUAGGGGGAUCGCUAUCAGAGGAAGAAGUCCAUCCGCUUCGCCUGACAGUAACACGCGACAAUUGCACGCUUGUUUAAGAGACCGUGAACAUGAUAGACCACGCAGUGUCAGUCCAUGUCGAGCUGGCACAUCGACCACCUCAUCCUGUAGUCUCGAGAGUCUUUGGCUUAGAAGCACAUCACCCGAUCCAGAGAGAUAUUGGCGAUCCUAUCUAAAACUCGUUCGUAACGGUUCAGUACGUCGACUACGCGAUAAAUUCGAAAGUCUCGAGGAUCUUCGUGAUUGUCGCGACAAACUUGUCCUGACAAAACGCUAUCAAAGUGAUCCUGAAUUGGCACGCAAUCUAUUAAAGAAAUCAUUUAUAAAACCACAGGAAAUAUCCGAUGUUGCAUGGCUGAGACGGAAGUAUGAACCAGUGAGAGGAAGAGCAAGACGUCGCGGUUAUUCGCCACCAAUACCACGUGUUCCAUUACGACUCGAGGAUUUAUCAAUGCCCCACAUUAAUGUCAUCAGUAAAAUGGCUGAACUCAAGGAUUCAUCAAAAAUUAUCACCAGUAAUUCCAUUGCUCGCAAGGAGGAGACAAUGGAACUAAAGGCAAAACGUCCCGUUUGUAGGGUGAGGGAGAAAUUUGAAAAAACCCCAAAAUCUGAUAAAACAUCAUUAUUAGGUGAAAUGUUCACUUCGACACCAAGUGUUCAUGAGUUGAGGGACAUUGCACCGUAUUUAGCCGGUAGGUGGGUGGCACACAAAUUUCCCAAUCGACGCGAUAAUGCCAGAUCAUUAUCAUCGCCACCUGAACUCGAAACAAAUGACCGAGGUCCAAAUAAGGAGGAAGGAUUCUCCGAUGGUAGUUCAAUAACACCACCUAGAAGACGUAAGAAAUUCGAGAAACCAAGAGCCACAUCUUCAUCGCCAGUCAGACCCAGGACACCCGUCUCAAUUUUAAAACACUCACAAGACGAUGUUUUUGCUAAUCAACCAUUUGAUCCAAGUAAACAUCGACCUAGAUACAGAUAUCAGCCACCACCUCCGCCACCCUCACCAACAUUUCGACGAGAAUCACGACCAUGGUGGCCACCCUUACCAACAUACACUGCAAGACCUACAGUUACAUUUGAAGGUCCAUCAUCAUUUUUAGUACUCGAUCGCACCACCACCACCACCGCCCAAAGCCCAGCACUACAGAAGCGAUUUCCAAGAAGUGAAGUGAAGUUUUAUGCUAUGAGGAGUGUUUUGGUAUCGCCGUCGCGAAUCCCGGAAAGACUAUUUCCGUUGGUCGAGGACUUGGAGCACAGUGUUCAAUGGACUGAUCUUGAAAAUAAUAUUGACCACUUGGAGAAAAAUCAUCGUCGAAUUGAAAUUAAUCGCAAUUACGAUAAUCUUGAAAGGCACACAGUUCGUCGACGUUCAAUGCCUGAAAUUCAAAAGGCAAAUCUCGUCUACGUUCAUCGUCCCCAGGAGAAAAUUAAUCCUCCUCCAAUAAAUAAAUUCACCUGGAAACCAAGAACAGAAUUCGAAAGAUCAUAUUUCGGUGAUGAGGCUCUAGAGGAUCAGAAAAAUAAUGAUAAUUCCAUAAAUGAUUUAUUUUACGCCAAAGAAAUUUGCCUCAAGGAUGAUUGUCAAUUUUGUCAAACAAAAGACUGUCCAAUUUGUUUGGAAAAGAAUUGUCAAAUUUGCCUACAAGGAAAUUCACAGUUCAAUCCUGGGAAAAGUGAGAAAAUCUUAAAGAAUCUUGAUGUUGGUUUCAAUUUGGAAUGCGAUAAACCACCUGACAGUGAUUUUACAUUUAUAACCGGUGAGGAAUUUUAUUUAAAGGAGAAAGAUGAAUUCGAUGCUUGUGAAAUUUAUCCCAAUGAUUUUUUGACAACUUAUCCUAAAAAUCAUCAAUUUGAUCCAAAUCGAGAUCGUCAGUUCAAUGAUUCUUUUGUAGACCCUCAACAGAGAGAAUUCUCUUCGGAGAAUUCAAAUCAAAAAUCGGCAAUUAAGAAUGGAAAGAGUACAUUUGAAAGGCGUGAUGAAAAUGAAAGGAUUGAGAAAAAGGAGUUGGAUGUAAAGAAAAAUUUAAAAUCAAGUGAACUUGUGCAGAACUUGAAAAAUGAACGUUCUGGCUUCAGCGGUAGUCGUGAAAGAUUACAGGAGAUAUUCGAGUACAAUCGUUAUCUUCGUCGGCAAUUUUUCGCCGAUUUGCCCCCGAGCAUUACGAACCAAAGGAGAAACACAAUUUCCGAGAAGAUGAUCACUUCAAUGAGACCGAAACAAAGCGGAAUUGGAUUUGGCAGCACUGAAACACUCACGAGCCAAAGUAAUCAAUCCGCAGACAGUAGCACCAAUGGUCGGAAAUCAAGAGCCGAUUUCAGUAAUACUCCAGAAUCGCUGGUCGAUGAAAAACCAUACACCAACAUUCUUGGCGACAGUGAAAUUAACGUCAGGAAUUUAAAACCGAAAGGAAAUGAUGACGAAGUUAAAGAAAUGGAAAAAAUACCAAAAUCACUUGGUACGAGAAGAAAGGAACCAAAUAUGGAAAAUUCGGGAACAAAAGCAAAGAGUAAAUCAUCAAGUUCCGCUUCAGAAACAACAGGGAAAGAAAAUAUUUGUAAAGAAAGAAUUGGCUCGGAAAACAAGGAAACUUUGAGUAAAAUAGAAGGAAUAUGUAGUGAAACAGGGAAAAAGAGAUCAUUGCCAAAAAUUUAUUUCGGAAUGGAGAACACAAGGGAAUUCACGAAAAAUUCGUCGCCAAUCGAAAGAAGUGAAUCCUAUAACAUUCUUCCUAAUUCUUCUGAUUUGGGAAACAAUGGAAAAAAAUUAAUUCCAUUCAAAUGUCACGAAAAUCGAAAACAAAAGUCAUCAACAAAUUUUCAUCAAUCGCUACCAAAUCUUCCCGAACUGGAAAAAUCAAAUUCAAUAGCACGUGUUUCGGUAAAUGGCUCCACUUACAAUCUAUCAACAAAAAAUAUCACCAACUCUUCAAAUUUCAACACUGAAAUAAGUGAUUACUCACCAACUGCCUACACCUACAAACCACUACCAACAAAAUACGAUUCCGAUGAUUCAAAAUUUUUCGCCACCUAUGUAAAUAUAUCGGACUCAUCCGAAUCAUCAACACCAUCAUCAAUUAGAAAACGAAAGAGAAACGUACCACCACCACUCGAUCUUUCAACUGUCAAUGAACGUUACGAAAAAUACAAUCAUAUACCCACCUACACUGUCACUGUCACUGUCAGUGAAAAACCAAGUAAAGAACCUUUAAUUAAUGAAACAUCAGUAAGCACCCUAACUAGUGAAAAUCAAAUAAAAACAAUUCAUAAUUCCAAUGGAAGAAGAAAUGAAAUAAAAAUAAAUAAUUUCACCUCAAAUCGUUCACGAUCAUCGUCUAAUUUAACGAAUAAUUGUGAUAUGGAGAGAAAUAAUUAUUCAAUAAUAAAUAAAUCGUGUUGUGAUUUAACGAAUUCUAAUAAUGAUCUACUAUCACCGCAAUUGGUGAAUAAUUUUAAAAAUUCCCUCGCCGAUUUAUCAAAUUGUGCGGCGACAUCGGCGACAAUGUCAAAUAAUUUACAUCAAAAUUCACGAUUCGAGAGUGAUGAUAAUAAUAGUGUUUAUAACAAUAGGAAUUGUUAUAGUCCUCAUCAGUGGGAUCUGAACAACAAAUAUUCUUCAACAAGUGGAACAUCACUUUCUUCUGUUUAUGGACCGAUCCCGUACAAUCAGUACUGUGAUAAAAUGAAAAUGAAAUCACCGAGGAGAUAUGUGGAAGGAGAGGUGACAAUUCACUAUCGAUCUCCAGUUCGUACAGAAACUAAAGAGAUCCUAAGCGAGGAGGAGUUGGCUCGUAGAAGUGCAGAAAAUAUGCGCCGAGUGUAUCAGGAGGAAAGACGUCGGAAAUAUCUUCAGGAACUUCACGACAUCGAUUCACGUCGUCACACUGAUAAUUUUAUACCUUCUCAGAAAUCCCCGAUAUCAUUGAACCGAUACGAUGAUUUUCUUGAUGACCUCAGCUACAGAAGCAGAUCCCAAGAGCAAACACCGGAACCAAGAUUGGUGGCGAGGGCUCUUUACAAUUUUAUUGGACAAUCUCCACGAGAGUUGACUUUCCGAAGAGGAGAUCUCAUUUUUGUCAGACGUCAAGUCGAUAAAAAUUGGUACGAGGGAGAGCACAAUGCAAUGCUCGGACUUUUCCCAUUCAACUACGUUGAGAUUCUUCCAUAUGAUGGAAUUAGAACAACGCCAAAGAAACCGUACGAGGGACAGGCUAGAGCAAAAUUUAAUUUCAUCGCUCAAACUAAUCUCGAAUUAUCGUUGGCGAAAGGAGAAAUGGUUGUUUUAACAAGAAGAGUUGAUGAGAAUUGGUACGAGGGACGCAUUGGAAAUAGAAAAGGAAUCUUUCCAAUUUCGUAUGUUGAAGUGAUGGUCGAGCCAGGACACAGGCCAGAGACACCGGUUCAAAGUAAACCAAUUGCUUCGCCAGCGGCUCAUAGUUUAUUAUCAAAUGGCACAUCGAGUGGAAAAAUGAGUAUGGGACCUCAUCAUUAUACACCGUCAAUUCCAAUGAACACCAAUUCCUCACAACCUCAUUAUAAUUCACUUCCACGAUUGGGUGGAGGUAAAUUACAUGUUGCACCUGUUAAUGAAACAUUACACAUCGACACCCAUUCUGAACCAAUGCCAUAUCGAGCGCUAUACAACUACAGACCACAAAAUGAAGAUGAGUUAGAACUAAAAGAAGGGGAUACGGUUUACGUGAUGGAAAAAUGCGACGAUGGUUGGUACGUGGGUUCCAGUCAACGUACAGGUUACUUUGGCACAUUUCCCGGAAAUUACGUCGAGAGAUUGUGAGGAAGACUGAAAUCUCGUGAUUUAGAACGAGCCAAAAGAUCGUAAGGAAGAGAACUAAGCAGCUCUCUCUGAACCAAAAUUCUAUCAAACAUGAAACGAAUUAAUGAUAUCCAAAAAUAUUUAGAGUUUGCAAUAUCAUUUCUUUUUUGAAUCAAUUUUUUUUAGAAAAACUUUUUGAACAAUUUUUAUAGCUUUAUCGAGAAGCGUAAUGAAUUUUUGCAUAUUUAACAAACAAACAAAAAAUGCACCAGUCUUCCUGCGAUCAUUGUCACGUCAAUCGUUACCAGACGUGUACUUUCGAUCACUUAUCGUUAAAUGACAAAUUUUUCUUUUGUCUGUCUAACGUAUCAUCUACCAAAUAUAAAUUUUAAGGUAACAUGUAAGUAGUGUACAUUAACGUUUAUUAAUUUAUUAUUGUUAUCAAUAUCGUUUUGCAAUUGUACAUCCACAAAAAUAUUCUACUGUUUUCCUCGUAAAAAGGGCCUACCAAAAAUAAUAUUAAUAAUAAUAAUUGCAGAGCGCAUUAAUUAAGAUUUUAUUUUUUCAAUUUUCACUCUUUUUUUUUUGUUUUUUAAUCACUGUCUUAGAAAUUGUCAAUAAUUUCUAAAACAAGAGAAUUUUUUUGUUGUCACCUGUAACGUGUACAAAAUUACACGAUUUUUAAAAAAUGUAAAAAAAAAGAAUAAUU